GGGCGGAGUUAGUUCAUCCUGCAGGAAUAAAAUUUCAUGUACUUCAGAACUCUUUUGGAUUAUAAUACCGUAAGUAUUAUAGAAAACUGUUAAAAGAACUAGGAAAAUAUUCUAGGGAGCAUAGACAGGGAUGGAAAUGACAUUAAUUGUUUGUAAUUCUAUCACCCUCCUAAUAAUUUCUUCUUAUUGGUCGAACAGACACUAAUUUCGUCACGUGACAAAAAGCAUAAAAAUGCGUGCGUCUGGGGUCGACGGCAGUAUAUCUGAAUUUAUUCUUGAAAGUUACAUUCGUAGAAUUUUACCUAGCAGAAAAUGUCUGGCCGUGGAAAAGGUGGUAAAGGUCUUGGCAAAGGGGGUGCAAAAAGGCAUCGCAAAGUGUUAAGAGAUAACAUCCAAGGAAUCACCAAACCAGCAAUUAGGCGUUUGGCAAGACGUGGCGGUGUAAAGCGUAUCUCGGGCCUCAUCUAUGAGGAGACAAGAGGAGUACUUAAAGUUUUCUUGGAAAAUGUUAUUCGAGAUGCAGUUACCUAUACUGAGCAUGCAAAAAGGAAAACUGUCACUGCCAUGGAUGUCGUUUAUGCGUUAAAGAGACAGGGACGUACACUCUACGGAUUUGGUGGUUAGAGACCUUUACUUUCCCCACACCCUGCUCUUUAAAAAAAAAAAAAAAAAAAAGGCCCUUUUCAGGGCCAUACAAAUCUUAAAUUUAGAAAUGCCUUUAUUGCUGUCAUAUAAUUUCACCUCAUGCUUUUCUCUUGAGUCACAUUUCAAAUUAAAAUUAGCAUUAAAUGUUCUUUUUAUGUAUCUGAAUUCUAACACAAUAAAUUUAAUUGCUUUUAUGUCUCUAAAUUAAAAAAAAGACGUAUAAUUUAAAAUUUUAAAGC